GAGGAGAAGGGGGGGUGAUGGCGGAGGAGCGUUCUCAUUGGCCCUCGGUGAGUCUGCGCCGCGUUGACGUCACGGCCCGCCACCCCUGCAGGACUCAGGAGCCUGUCUUGAUCCUGUCCAAAAAAGAGCUCGACACGGCCCGGCACAAGCGCGGACGCCAUCGCUUGUUGGACAUAACGAGAGGGUAGCAACACCAGCAAGCCUAGUUUGCUCCCUUUUUUCCCCCUCUCCUUUUUUUUCUUUUUAACAUUCAGACGGCACGAGAGGGGGGGAGCGCGCCCACCGUGUGUUGCGGGUGUAUGUGCGUGCGCGUGUCGGAUCACGAUGAUGCAAAGUGCGGCGGUCCUUCCCACAGAGAGUCCCGUUAAGAGUUUACCGGACAUCCUAGGAGUGCCAUUGCAACAGAUCCCUCAGUGUGCGGGCUGCAGUCAGCACAUCGUGGACAAGUUCAUCCUGAAGGUCCUGGACAGACAUUGGCACUCCAAGUGCCUCAAGUGCGCCGACUGCCACACGCCGCUGGCCGACAAGUGCUUCUCCAGGGCCGGCAGCGUCUACUGCAAGGAGGAUUUCUUUAAGCGCUUCGGGACAAAAUGUGCAUCGUGCCAACAGGGGAUCCCUCCCACGCAGGUGGUGCGGAAGGCGCAGGACUUUGUGUAUCACCUGCACUGCUUUGCCUGCAUUAUGUGCAGCAGGCAGCUGGCCACCGGGGAUGAGUUCUACCUCAUGGAAGACGGCAGGCUGGUGUGCAAGGUGGACUACGAGACGGCCAAACAAAACGAUGAUUCCGAGGCGGGGACCAAGCGACCGAGGACCACCAUCACGGCCAAGCAGCUAGAGACCCUCAAAAGUGCCUACAAGAACUCCCCCAAACCGGCACGACACGUCAGAGAGCAGCUUUCCUCCGAGACGGGCCUCGACAUGCGAGUCGUGCAGGUCUGGUUCCAGAAUCGCAGAGCAAAGGAAAAACGUCUAAAAAAAGAUGCAGGGCGCCAUCGCUGGACUCAGUUUUACAAAAGUGUGAAACGUAGCCGAGGAGGGUCAAAGGUGGAGAAGGAAAGCUCGGCGGACGAUGCGGGACUCAGUGACAGCGAGCUGAGCUUCAGAGACGACCAGGUGGUGUCAGAUCUGGGCCACGGCAACGGGCUGUACGGGAGCGUCGGCGACAUGACGAGCGGCGCGGUGCUGAACGGCGGCUUCUCGGUGGACGCGGCGGGCCAACCGUACCACGACAUCCGCGUGGGAAGCCCCUACGGUCUCCCCCAGUCGCCCUCCUCUAUCGCUUCCCUGCCCGGCCACACCCCUUUGCUCAAUAACCUGGCCUUCACCAUGGACGCUCUGGGGGCGCAGGGCGGGCCCGGCGGCGUGGGCCAGGCUCUGAGGGCCAUGGCGGGCGGUCCUACCUCAGACCUGUCCACGGGCAGCAGUACGGGGUACCCCGACUUCCCCACUAGUCCCGCCUCCUGGCUGGAUGAGAUGGACCAGUCUCAGUUCUGAGGCCAAAACACAGGCAAGACUUUUUGUUUCCAUCACGCUGGCAGUUAUGGAAAGCCUUUGUUCGAUCUCCUCGAUUCCAAAAUAGGGGGACGAUUCGAGGGAGGAUUAGUUCUGUAAAAUCUUCCUUAAAAUGCAGGAAAGCCAAUUAUCACAUUAGCAUAAAUUAUGUUAAAAUUUGAUCGAAACUUGAAAUUUUGAGUACAUACACCCAUUUUGUGUAUAGAAUUUAUCAAGGAUAUCAAGGAUGUGGAAUUUAGGGGUUUCCAUAAGUGGCAGCGUGUGGUAAACAGGUCAGCACUGAAGCCCAACAGUGCAUCUUGCUCAUCCUGAACUUCUCCAAAACGUGACUGACGACAAAAACACAACCAGGCUCUGAUGGAGAGCGUCAGUCCGGAGGCGCCCGCAUGUUUCUAACGGAACGUCCCGAGCCUUUUAUAUGCACUUUAAUCUCCUCGCCGCUUUGAGGAGGAAAAGAAGAAUGGGAGGAGAGGCGUAUGCACAAGAGUGUCGCAUCGAGAGAAUUUUACAAGCACUGUGGCACAAGUGUUAAUUUCGAAAACCCACGUGGACGUUUUUUUUUUCUACGGGGGGGGGGGGACGCGGGACACUGAUGUUUUCAAACUUGUGAAUCUGUAGCUGCUUGACUUGUUCUCGUCUGUGUAACGCAGUGUGCUCUUGAGUGUUUAAUGUUCAAGAGAGUCCAGAAAACUUUGAAAUGACCACAAAACAUUUCAAAAUGCACGGAUGCAAUGGAUUUUUUCUUUUCCCCAGACAUGCCCAUCUUUUCAUAUUUUACAUAUGCAAAACAUUCGUAUGCUCUGAUAACCAGUGUUAUUGUCACCCAAUUUGAAGGAUUACCUUUUGACCACAUUGCCUCGAUUAAUUCUGGUGAAA